AUGCAGUGGUUCUGCUGGCAUGUGGCAGCGAAGAUGAGCCUGGGAUUUCUGUGUCUUUUUCUGGUUUUCAGCACAGCCUCGUGUAUAAGAAGAGAAAAUAAGAAAGAGAAGCAAGUGGCAGUGCUGGCUACUGCAGGUAACAAGCAGCACGUCAGGAGUUGCAGUUUCAGGGUUUUAAUGGGAGUGGGAGGUGUUGUGCUGGGCAUGCAGGUGGCAGCAGAUGGCUCAUUCGCCUUCCACAAAGUGUCGGUCACCAUUUAUAACAUCUCUAAUGCAAAAAAUGUUGACCCUGGCAAGUUCCCUAUGCACUACUGCUACUGUUUGAACAAUGCGACAAACGACUUGACAGAUUUUACAGCUUUACUUGUUGAUAUCAUUGGAAACUCCACCAGUUACCUCACAGAAAUUUUUAAAUCCACUUCUAUUCUCUCAGUACGUCAGAGCAAUGACUCAGAUUGUAUCUAUAUCUGUGUGAUGACAGGGCAGACAGGGAAAAAUCUGUCUGACUUUUGGGAAAUAUUAGAGAAGUCUCCUGUUAUUAAUUACACAUUUUCCAGUAACACAUCAUCUGACCUGGACCUAGAAUCGAUUUUCUCAAGUUUCGUGAAAUUGCAGGAAGAGCCAAACAAGACCCUGGAUCCAUCAGCAGAACACGUGUGGACAUUUAAAACCACCAGGAUCCCUCUUGCCCAGAAAGGGGAGGAAAUGCCCACCAUGAGGUUCCCACCAUGGCCAAAGACGGUUGGAGCAAAAGGAUCGUGGUUUCCAUCAGCCCCUGCGGAAGCUUCCAGGUCACAAGGCAUGGCUGGAUCUCCUCCUACUCCUGGGAGGAGCUCAGUCCCAUCCCCAGCCCCACAGCCCAGACCCACUGACGUGCCCAUGUUUUGGAUGCAGACAGUGUCUCCACAAGAAACCAGCAAAAGGAUGCAAACAGAGCCAGAUUUGCCUUCCUCAGUACUGCCUAUGCCACCCUCCUACAGACCUGGUGUGACACUGAAACUUUACUCAGCUACCAGGUGCCCACAGGCAAUCCUCAGAGAGUCCCAUGUGACCUCCCCUCCUGUCACUCUUGUAGUGCAGAGGAUCAACCCCUGUGUGAUGGAGCUCUGUAGGUUCUUUCAGCUGUGCCUCUGUGUCGGUCAGAGAAGACACUCCAGAAAGGAAGCCAUGAGGUACUGUGUUGAAUACUAUUCCUGGUUUGUGAAAAAUGCAAGUUAUGUCUGUGAAAGAGUCAAAAGAGUUACUUACUCCCACACAUUAAAGCAAAAAUGCCUCAAAAACAUCUGUGCGUCAGUUUAGAGCAUUGAGAAAUGUCACUGCAAGUUGGAAGACUGUGGCGAUUUUAGUUGUCUUUUAUGAUUUCUCAGUGUAAACAUCAGAAUGCAACAUGUUUUUUGCAAAUAUUUGUAAUAAGAAAAGCUAUUAACCAGAUGUUAACCUAGAAACCUCU